GUGGCUGGCUGUUGGUUCGCUGCUGUGUUUAGAGUCCGGGCUGAAGAAUGACAGUGCGGGCUCUAGUCCAGGGAGCUCUAUUCAUUGACUUUGUAUAGAUUAGUAUAGGGAAUCCGAAUAUAGAUACAAUGAAGACAGCGAGCGCUGUAUUUAAUGGCAUACUGCUAAUGUUAGUAGCUCUAGGUUUUAGAGAUGUGUUCUUCGGUUAUGAAGAGAACAGGUGCAGCAUGACCUAUAUGUUCGAGUAUCCCGAGUAUCAGAAAAUAAAGCUUCCCAAAAAAGCUGCAAGAUUAUUUCCAGCAUAUGAACUGCACUUGUAUGGUGAAGGUAUUUAUGCAGAAAACAACAAACAACUGCCUUUAAAUGGAAUUCCAGUUUUGUUUCUUCCUGGGAAUGCCGGCAGUUAUAAGCAAGCUCGCUCUAUCGGCUCAAUUGCUCUUCGUAAGGCGGAGAACAUUGAUUUGAGAUACCACUUCGAUGUUUUCAGCGUGAAUUUUAAUGAAGAGCUUGUUGCAUUUUAUGGUGGCAGUUUACGAAGGCAAACUGAGUUUGUAAACAUUUGCAUUAAAGCAAUACUUCAUCUUUAUAAGAGUCAGGAAUUUCCACCACAAAGUGUUGUAAUUAUUGGACAUUCAAUGGGCGGCCUUAUUGCAAGAGCAUUAUUUACACUAAAGACUUUUAAUCCUCAACUGAUAAACCUCAUUAUAACUCAAGCUACCCCUCAUUUAAUGCCCGUGUUGACCAUAGAUUAUUAUCUCACAGAUUUUUAUGCCAUGGUGAACAAUUACUGGAUUCUAAAUGCUAAGGAACUUCAAAAUGUAACAGUACUUUCUGUUGCGGGGGGAUUUCGGGACUUCCAAGUUCGUUCUGGAUUGACCUAUUUACCAGCUUCUGACCUCUAUGCCAGUGCCUUAUCUGUAGCGAGUACUUCAGUUCCAAGAACAUGGGCAUCAACAGAUCACCUUUCCAUAGUUUGGUGCAAAGAGUUAAUUUUAGCCACAGCAAGAGCCUUAUUUGAUCUAAUUGAUGUGAAAACAAAGCAGAUCACAAACGAUCCCAAAAAAAGAAUGUCUGUUUUAAGUCAUCACUUUGUAAGACAUCCAGCAAAGCAAUACGACUCAUCAUAUGAAACAGUUACAAGUGUACCAGGUAUGUAAUUUC